AUGGAGGACUUGGAAGAAGAAAUCCCCACAUGUGUGAAGGAUGAAGAUUGUUUUGAGGAUAUUCAAGAUGUGUAUGAUCAAUUGUUUGUAGAAUUCCUCAAACAACAAAAGAAUGUUCUUGCAUUGAGUGAGAAAGUGAAUUCAAGUGAAGAAGAUAGAAAAGCACUUCAUGUGGACUUGGUUAAGUCCAAAGCUCUUCUUGAUCAAGUGAGCUUCCUUAAGAGAGAGUGUCAUGAGAUUGUUAAGUCCAAGAAGAAUCUUGAGUCAAAUUGUGCCAAACUCGAUAAAGAUCUUCAUGAAUCAAAUGAACUCUCAAAAAGAAUCCCUCAAAGCAAUGAAAAGUUUCAUAGGAUGUUAUCCAUGGGAAAAAAGUGUGGGUGA